AAAAAGAAGAAGAAGAAGAAGAAGAAGGAAAUGAGAGGCUCCUCCUCCAACGGUCAAAAAUUGGAUCUAAAACGAUCCUAUCUAGGGUUUUAUGCCAACGUCUCUCUCUCUCUCUCUCUCCUUCCUCCAUUAUAUAUAAAUUCUCCUUUCCUCCCCCCAUCCCCAAGCCUCCUUUCCCUCUGCUGUCUGCGAUCUCAUCUCUCUUUUGUACGCAGAAAUCAAAUCAAAACAGCUUGUUUUGACUGAGACUACUCUCACAGUCUCAGAAGCUCCCUCUCUCUUCUCUGCUCUUCUUCCUUCUUCUCUCUCCAUCAGAGAUCGAUCCUUCACUUCUUCUCCCCGAGCCAAUCGAAAUGGACUUCCACACCCUGUCAAGGAGGGAACUUCAGGCUCUCUGCAAGAAGAACAAGAUCCCCGCCAACAUGACUAACCUUGCCAUGGCCGAUGCUCUCGCUUCCCUUCCUCUUCAGCAGGUUGAGGGCCUUGAGGACUUCCUUAAUCCUCCCGAAUCGGGCUCUGAGCAAUUCAUGGAGAGAUACACUUACGGCACCCCCGCCAUUGCUCGGACUGCAACCAGGAUGUCUACCAGAAGAAAGCCCACCAAAGAACAGCAAGAGCCCGAAAGCUCAGUUCUGUCGACUCGUAGCACCAGAAGGGUGCCUGCUGAAAAGGCUGCCCAGGAGUUUGGAGGCGCCAACCUGCUGGAAACUCCAGCUGCACCAGCAACCUGCAGAAGAAGAGCACAGGCUGCCUCAGCUCGACAGAAGGUAGAGAUUGCUGAUCAGGAGAGCGAGAAAGACAAGGAGGAAAAUGCACCCGAGGAUGCAUCUAUCGAAACCAGGCAGAUCAUUAAGCCUCCAGUGCAGAAGGUGUACAGCACAAGGAGAGCCGUGAGGCUGCUGGAGAAAUCAAUAGCUGAUCUGACUCUGGCAGACAAGAAGAAAACCAUACAGCCUGUUAAAAUGGAUAAGCUGGACGCGGAGACAGCAGCGGAGGAGGUCACAGAAGAUGUUCAGGAGAUCAAGGAUGCAGGCAAAGUUCAUGCCAUGACUGUCUCAGACCAUGGCUGGGAGAAAAUUGAUUCCGACGCUCCCUCAGAGCAGAAGCAAAGUCGUGUGCCAGAAAAUGAAACUGAAGUGGAAGAUGCAAUGGAGGAGAAUGCGGGGACUGACAAAUUUUCAAAGGUGUCAAAUGGAGCUGCACCUGGCCUCUCGGGUUCAGAUCCGAAAUACGAUGAUGACCAUGAAGCAUGUCUGUUGGUCAGCAACAAAAACGAGACUACCGUGGAUUUCAAGGAUGAAUGUGUUGUUGUGGAAGAUGCAGGUGCCAAUUCACUGAUUGCAGUUCUGGAGGAAAGUGCCCCCGAUACACCAGCAGUUGAAGAUUCCAUGGAGAAUAGCCCUUCAGAGGGGCUUGUGGCAGAGGAGAGUGCCCCUGUGGUUGAGAACCAGUUUGGUGUCCCUUCUGAUACACAAGCAGUUGAAGAUUCUGAGGAGAAUAGCCCUUCAGAGGGACUUUUGGCAUCCCGUAAUGCGGAUGAAAUCCUUUCUGAAUCUCAAGAAGGGGCAGCUGAGGCAAUAUCCCAGAAUGGUUUGGAGGUGCUAUCACUUUCUGAAAAUCAGAUGGAAAGUUCUCAGCAGUCAGAAUGUGGAAGUGAAUAUAAUAUUUCUGAGCCUCCAAUUGUUUCGACUUACAAUUUGGACCAUCUAGCUCCAAAUUGCCAUGCUGCCAGCUCAAUGGAUAAUACGGUUUCUGAAGUAUCUGCUGCGGGCAAAUUGGAAAUUCAGGUCAGUCAGUAUGCAGAGAAGGAAAUUGUUGGGGAUGAUGUGAUGGGUGCCGGUCUUACUGAUAUCCCAGUAACCAUCCAGACAGUGGAAUGUGCGUAUGAAGCACCAACUAAGGUUUCCUUGACUGUAUCAGAGGAAAUUGCUGCCGCUGUGCUUGAACCGAUCCUGCCCUGGACCACGACGACUCCCAAAAGGAUCCUAGUCUAUGCUGAUUCUGAAGCCUUAGGUGAUGUGUUCAAUAUGCCACAAGUGGAAUUUGCAGGGAAAAAUGAUGGAUUGCCUCAAUCCUUAAACCCCAAGAGUCCAACUUCUUCAACCAGCAGAAUGCAUGCAUUUUCCCCUCUUAUGGCAGGGAAAUCAUCAAGUAAGAAGCAGCAGUCCACACUGAAAUAUAAGGUAAGUGUCCUGGAUGAGAAUAAGGAGAACAAAACAGGCGGCACCACCGUUGUUAGAGCAGAACCAAAUGGAGAGAAAUCAAAGAAAAGCGACACAAAUGUUGAUGAAGACAGCAUAUCAGCGUCAUUGAAAGAUAAGAGUCUCAGGCAGCUGACAAAGAUGUUCAAGGAAAAGAUGCAAAUUGCAAAUAAGAAGAGUGACGACAUCUCCAAGGUAAGCAGUUGGAAAAGGUGAGGCAAGCUUUGCAGGCACUCCCGGGGAACCGUAUGGCAGUGGGGAAGACAGAAGAGAAUUGAACGAGGGUGAAGAUGGCUCUAUGUUUUGUUUAGUUUUGUCGGGAGUAAAUUUACAUUGGGGAACCGUAUGGCAGUGGGGAAGACAGAAGAGAAUUGAACGAGGGUGAAGAUGGCUCUAUGUUUUGUUUAGUUUUGUCGGGAGUAAAUUUACAUUGGCUUGGAAAGGGUGCAAACCUUGGUUUGCCUCAUUCCUUUUUCUUUUUUGGGUUACUCUUUCCCUAGAUAAAGAAGUGAGUAACAUUGAAAGGACGAUACCGAAUCAGAUAAUUGCUACAUGUCUCAGACAUUGCCUACUGAAAUAUGUAAGUUGUUGCGGAUGAUAGGUAUUGAAUUUUGCAGAUCGUGUCUACUUA